UUAGUUUUGUUUCUUUGGAUACUAAUAAGUUUAAGUGACACUAUGACUAACAGCCAACAAAUAUUUGAAUACAAUGAAGAAUCACAAUCUGAAAGACUUGCCAGGAAGUCAAAAGAUUCACCAUUUAUGAUAAUUGGGCUCCUUGGAUUAGUAGGUGUUUGUGGCUAUGGUGCAUACAGUUACAAGAAGAGAGGAAAAAUGAGCACUAGUGUAUUCCUAAUGCAGCUCCGAGUUGCUGCCCAAGGCACUGUAGUGUCAGCUCUUACAAUCGGGCUGGCAUACACAUUAGCAAAGGAACACCUCUUUAAAGAUUCUAAGAAAGAAUAAUUAUUGACUGGUUUCAAGCUCACCAUUAGUAAUUUUUUUUGUUUAGGGAACUUGCACAUAGCACAUUUUAAAGAUCUGCAGUAUUAAAUUAGACCCUUGCUGUCAGAUAAAUCUCAUGUUUUUAAAGUUCAUAUAAUUCAUAUGCACUACUGGCUGUUGCCACUUAUAUUAAGCUAAUAAUUAUUAUUUUUGUGUAAAAUUAUAUUUCAUGAAUAGCCUUGCAAAUGCAAAUUAUUACAGCAAGGUUUGUUUUAAUAGAAAUCUCACUUUUAAAUCUCAAAAAAGCUGCUUAGUGUUAAGGUUCCCAGAUUUAGAGUAAUUUAGUGAUAGUUUUGCAAAAAGUUCCUAACUACUUUUUUAGUGAAUUCUCUUUUUCCAAAACUAUAACUAGUAGCUGAAAUGAGUUCUGUGAUUUAGCUGGUAUUAUUUAUUAUAAUGUGUGAUGACAUUUUGGUGCAUACUGUUAGCUGUUUUAUUUAGCAUAUUAUAACAAAUUUUGAUAACAUGCAUACAAAAAAACAUUGGACUCCAGGAAAGCUAUUUUUAUAGCACCUUUUAAUACAGUAUGUAUAGAAUAUUAGAAAUAUACACUCAAAAAUUAACUACCCGAUUAUUAUGACGAAAUUCUUAUUAACUUCAAAUGUUAUUAGAAACAUUGUAAAUGUUGAAAUUAAAUAUUUAAAUUGUCAA